GUCCCGCGUGUAAAGUAUUUUUCAUUCGACGUACCGCAUUAGAUUUUUUAUUUCUCGUAUCGUAUCGAAAAAUGAAUUAGAAUAUAAUUACGUAGCGAAAUAAUUUUUCGACAUUUUCAUCGUCGCGGUCAACGCGCCAUCUCAACGUACUUUCUCUCUCUUUCGGCGCCGAAAUUUUCGCUCGACGAUAUCUACCGAUGUUUACAAAUAUCGAGAGUCACAGUUACGUCUGUCGUUGGUAACGAGCAAGGGCUAGGAGUCAUGGCCGAACAACAACAACAACAGCAACAGCAGCAGCAGCAAGUAGACACUCCCAGGAUUCUGUGCACCUGCUACUAUCCGGGCUGCUGGAACCAGCUGCAGCGAAGCGUCCUCGACGAUUACACGUACCAGAGGGAUGGCCGACCACCGUCAACCUCGCCACCGUCGAUGUCACCACCCACCAGUCCACCGGAGGCUGCGGAGGCCGGCGCACCGGACGAGGCAGCCAUCCCCGCGGCGUCCGGCGAACCCGCUGCACCACCAGCACCAGCACAACCUGUACCAGCACCAGCCGCACCAGCACCAGUUGCACCAGCACAACCUGCACCAUCACCAGCACCCCCAGCACCAGCUCAACCUGCACCAGCACAUCCUGCACCAUUACCAGGUGCACCAGCACCAGUGGCACCAGCAGCACAACCUGUACCAGCACAACCAGCAUAUCCUGCACCAACAGCACCUGCACGAGCACGAGCACGCGUCGCACCAUCAGCAGUGCCAGCACAACCUGGACCAUCUCCAGCAGCUGGCGCACGAGCACGAACUGCACCAGCAACACCUGCGCGCGCACGAGCACGCGCUGCACCGCCACCGGUGCCACCCGGCUACAAGACGUUCUAUCGCAUGUGGCGACCGGACUUCGCCGCCGAGGAGAAGUGGCGUCAGUUCAUGGGCCUGCUCACCUGGGUCCAGGACGACUCGCGCUUCGUGUGCGCGGAUCACUUUCGCCCCCGGGACUUUCACCAGCAGGGCCCGGGCGCGGACCCGCGACUGCGCAGGCUGCGCCAGGCGGCCGUGCCGCGGCGGGUGCGCGCCUCGUUCGGCGCCCUGCACCAGAUGGCCGAGCGCCAGGGCGCCUAUCAUCCGCGCGUGCUCGGCGGCUCGACACUGUUCACGCGCGAUCAACCCUGCAGUCCGGGCCUCAACGGCGAGGCGCUGCUCUGGCUGCACGAGCAGAGCAGGAGGCUCGAGCCCCAGGAGCUCGUCUGCUCGCUGCUGCUCGACGAGGUGCCGGUGAUCAAGCGGGGCGACGGCGAGGGUGUGGCCGAUCGACCCUGUCCCAACUACAAGUGCAUGGUGAUGAUGUUGAGGGGACUGCGCAGCGACUGGCGCCUCAUACUCGGCUAUCAGUUCACCUCGGAGCCGUACGACCCGGCGAGGCUGCCCGAACUGCUCACGAGGACCGUCGCGGCGGUGCAGCACGCCGACUUCAAGCUCGUCGCCAUCACCCUCGACUGGCACUCGUUCCUGCUGCCCGGCGUCGAGAAGUUCUGCUGCGACUCGGACGACCGGCGCACCUACUACAAGCCCCGGCAAUCGGGCGAGCAGCGCAUCUAUCUGUACUUCGACCCGGCGAGGCUGAUGCGAGCGACGCGCAACUGUCUGCUGAAUCACGAGAUCCACUGGGGCGCGGCGCUGCAGCGUGUGUCGCGGCCCAGCUUCACCGCGGACUUCGAGGCGAUGAAGCGCGCCUACGUGGCGAGUCGCGAGCUGCCGCGCGAGUCCUAUCUGCUGCCCCGACUGACCCGAGACGACUUCGACUGGUUCACCGAGCCCACGCGACUCGAGCGCAUCGACGUGGCGCUCAAGCAUCUGAGCCGCUCGAUGGCGCGCGCCAUCGAGCAUCAGGUCUGCUACGACCGGCUGCCCCGAGACUGCCUCGACACGGCCUACUUCGUCGAGCGGCUGGAUCGGCUCUACGACUCGCUGCAGGGCGUGGAGCUCGAGCCCCGUAACAACGACAACAAGCCCAUGAAGUCGGCCGUGCACAGGACCUCGGAUCACAUGGCCUUCUGGUCGGAGAUGCGGGCCGAGAUGCGCGACUGGCAGAUCGACGGCGCCUGGAAGGACGUGGCGAGGAUGCAGCGCCCGAAUCAGGGCUGGUGCGACACCAUCAACGCCACGCAGGCCAUCUGGCGCGUGGCCCAGGACGAGCACGGCUUCAGGCACAUGGCCACCAAGUAUCUCGAUCUCGAGCCCAUGGAGAGGAUGGUGUGCUACCUCGAGACCAGGAUCACCAGGCCCGUGCCCGACCUCAUCAGGAUAUAAGGAUUUCGCGCGUGUGUGUUUGUGCGUACAUUGUCGUUUCAAUGUAUGCGUUUGUAUUUGAAUUGUAUCAAUGUAAAUAGUUCGUCGAUCGUGUAUGUAUGUGCGUUUUGUAUAACGUUUACAAAUAAUUCAGGACCUCUGUAAAUAAUGUAGCCCUCCUCAGGACGAUCGAAGUUUGAUUUUUAAUGAAAAGUAAUAAUUUAUAAGUAU